UGUUUUACCUGAGGCUGGUGACGUCGAACACUAUCUCCAGGAAAAGGAACGGCGGAGUCCAUGGUCCCCUUUUAGGCUAUUUUGCACACUGUUUUUAGCAGAGAAAUGACAACAUAGAAUUGUAGACAUUGGGUGAACAAAUUUGCAUUUAUUUAGACAUUGUUGUUUAGGCUUUUGGGUUCGGCUUUUAAACAGAGCAAUGUCUGUCUCCGCUGUGUUCCUGCUGGAUCUGAAGGGAAAGGUGUUGAUAUGCCGUAACUACAAAGGCGACGUAGACAUGGCCGAGAUCGACCAUUUCCUGCCCUUACUCAUGCAAGAGGAAGAGGAUGGACUUCUGAGCCCUGUUCUGCUGCACGGCAGCGUCCACUUCUUGUGGAUCAAGCACAGCAACCUGUACCUGGUGGCCACGACAAACAAAAACUCCAACGCGUCCCUGGUCUACGCCUUCCUGUACAAGCUGGUGGAGGUGUUCACCGAGUACUUCAAAGAGCUUGAGGAGGAGAGUAUCCAAGACAACUUUGUGGUGGUCUACGAGCUUCUGGAUGAGCUGAUGGACUUUGGCUUCCCCCAGACCACCGACAGCAAGAUCCUACAGGAAUACAUUACUCAGGAGGGAACUAAGCUGGAGGUUGCUAAAAGCAAGGUCCCCACCACGGUCACCAACGCUGUGUCCUGGAGGUCAGAGGGCAUCAAGUACAAGAAGAACGAGGUCUUCAUCGACGUCAUUGAGUCCAUCAAUGUUCUGGUGAAUGCUAACGGGAGCGUGAUGAGCAGUGAUAUCGUGGGCAGCAUCAAACUGAAGACCAUGCUCUCCGGCAUGCCGGAGUUACGACUCGGCCUCAACGACCGGGUCCUCUUCGCCCUCACUGGACGUGACAAGGGCAAGACGGUGACAAUGGAGGAUGUCAAGUUCCACCAGUGUGUCCGUCUGUCCCGCUUCGAGAGUGACCGCACCAUCUCCUUCAUCCCUCCGGACGGGGAGUCGGAGCUCAUGUCCUACCGAAUUAACACACACGUGAAGCCUCUCAUAUGGAUAGAGUCGGUCAUAGAGAAGUUCUCUCACAGUAGAGUGGAGAUCAUGGUCAAGGCUAAGGGACAGUUCAAGAAGCAGUCUGUGGCCAACAACGUGGAGGUGAGGAUUCCAGUCCCCAGCGACGCUGACUCACCCAAGUUCAAAGCGAGCACCGGCCACGCUAAAUACGUCCCAGAGAAGAACCUGGUUGUGUGGACCAUCAAGUCUUUCCCUGGAGGAAAGGAGUUCCUGAUGAGGGCUCACUUCGGGCUCCCCAGUGUGGAGAACGAUGAGCUGGAAGGCCGGCCCCCGAUCACUGUCAACUUUGAGAUCCCUUAUUUCACCGUCUCAGGGAUUCAGGUGCGAUAUAUGAAGAUCAUAGAGAAAAGCGGCUAUCAGGCCCUGCCCUGGGUUCGUUAUAUCACACAGAGUGGAGAUUACCAGCUGAGGACAAAUUCCUAAAAUCUACAAAUGUAUAUUCCAGUACCAGGACCUUCUGACAAGAAUUCUUAAUUGCACUCCAAAUGAAUGUCUUAAAAUUUCACUGCCCUGUUUGAUGUGGACUUUUCUGCUACCUUUUAUAUAGCACUAUGAAUUCAGUGGUUUGAAUGUUUUAAUCAGCUAAUUGUUGAAAUGGUAUUAAAAUGUAGUUUAACAUAAAGUUGAUUCUAUAACCACA